AUGAAGAGGCAUCGGUUAUUACCGCUAUGUGCCCUCCUAGGCGUCCUGUUCGCAGGACUCCUCCCUAACCUUGAGGCUCAGGAAGUAUUCUGGUACCAAACACACCAGGCAUCUUUUCACUGGUCUUCACUUUUGUCCUCCAAACACUCUUUUGAAGAUUGUGCACAGGGGUUGGGAGCUGAUAUAUACUUUCUAGUGGAUUCAUCCUGGAGUAUGGGAGUGGAGAACUUUAAGCAUAUCAGACAAUUUCUGUACAGCUUGAUACAAUCACUGCACCAGGUUGGAGGGGAGAGGUUUAAAUUUGCCCUUGUGCAGUACAAUACUAAGCCACAAACUGAGUUCCAGCUCAACAGCUACCCAACAACACAGGGAGUCCUGGCACACAUCAAGGCUAUGCCUUAUCGUGGUGGGGGAACCCAGACUGGCCUGGGCCUGGAUUUCCUGACUCGUACACACUUGACCACUGCUUCGGGCAGCCGCGCUGUUGAUGGUGUGGCCCAAGUGGUGGUUGUGCUAACAGAUGGGCGCUCCCAGGAUGACGUGGCCGAGCCAGCUCAGGUGCUGUGGCUGGCAGGCGUGGAGGUGUUUGCAGUUGGAGUUCAGGAUGCAGUUGAUUCGGAGCUAAGGGACAUGGCUAGCAAGCCCCAUGACACUCAUGUGUUCAGUGUAGACUCUUUCCUGACUUUGCGGGAUAUAAUCCAAGAUUUAGUAGUGGGGCUUUGUGACACAGUGACCCGGUCAGGGGGUGGUCCUGUGGCAAACGAGGCCCCCGUGUCUGGAGGAGGGACAGCACAAGAUUCAGCUGACCUAGUACUCUUAAUUGAUGGAUCAGAGAACGUUGGAGCAGCAAACUUCCCCUUUGUGCGCGAUUUGGUUUUGAGAAUCAUUGAGCCCCUUGAUGUGGGCAGGGACACUGUUCGGGUGGCCUUGGCCCUGUACAACGGCAACCCACAGAUAAAGUUCUAUCUAAAUAGCUAUGACAGCAAAUCAUCAGUCCUGGAAGCGGUGAAGGGCCUUUCCUACUCAGGGGGUGAUGAAUCUAACCUGGGGUUCGCCUUGGAGGAAGUAGCCAAAAGCCUUUUAAGCCAAACAGCUGGGGGCAGGGCCGACGAGGGUGUGCCCCAGAUGAUGGUGGUUAUCAGUGCUGGGCCGUCCACUGAUGAUACUGGUGCCGGUGACCGGGCCCUUAAGAGGGCCGGCGUUAUCACAUUAGGUGUUACAAUUGGUGACACGGCCAGUGCAGAUCUGGAAGCAGUUGCUACAGAUAAAAGUUUUGUCCUGUCAGCCCCUGAUUUCAGAACAGUGGUGAGCACGGGUGACCGGCUGCUCCCAUUAAUUAACGGGGUGGUCCAGCGCACCAUUAUAGUUCAGACCGAGUUCACAGAAGUCUUGGCAGUUGGACCACGAGACAUCAUUUUCCUCAUCGACAGUACAAUGGGAGCAACGCUUAUCAACUCUGUGCAAGAAUUCAUCAAGCGGUUCGUCGACAUCAUUCCAAUUGGUCCAGAUGGAGUUCAAGUGGGUGUGGCCAAGUUCAGCAAUGUCCCUCAACUUCAGAUGGAUCUCAACUCCUAUGGGUCCAGGGAGGAAUUAACUGCUGCUUUGGGCUCUAUCAAACCAAGACCGGGACAGACAGUCAACAUUGGAGCAGCCUUGGACUUUGUGCGGACGAAUAUGCUGCGGCCUGAGAAAGGGAGUCGUAUUCAACAGGGGGUACCCCAGCUUUUACUGUUGAUGACCAGUAAAAAGUCAAGUGACAGUGUGGAAGCACCUGCUAAAGCCCUGCAGCGACUGGGCGUAUUGACUCUAGCUGCAGGUUCCAAGACUGCGACGGAGAAUGAGCUGCGGCAGAUUGCCUUUGCUGACACUGUUGCGUUCUAUUUGAAAGACUUCCGCUCACUGCUUCGCAACCCAAAGGCAAUUGUCGAUGCACUCUCCACUCUAGCUGGAGUGGUUGUGACUGAAGGACCCACUAAGCCAGUGGUGGAGAUAACUACAGUGCAGACUCAAAAUGUGGUUCGAGACAUUGUCUUCCUUGUGGAUGGAUCAAACUACGUUGGCAGCAGUAACUUUCCCUAUGUGAGAGAUUUCAUCAUCAACGUGGUCAACCAGCUGGAUGUACGUCCUGACAGAGUCAGGAUUGGUCUCCUGCAGUUUGCUGAGAGCCAAAAGAUUGAAUUUCAUCUGAACAGCUAUAGCAGCAGGCAAGAUGUUGUCAAUCAAAUCUCUCAACUCAGGCUGACUGGAGGCUCAGUUUUGAAUACAGGAGCUGCCAUGAAUUAUGCCCUUAGCAAAAUGUUCCAGCCAUCAACUGGGUCACGUAGGAAGCAGGGAGUCCAGCAGGUGUUGGUUCUGAUCACAGGUGGUCCAGUCCAGGAUCAGGCUAAAAAUGCAGCUGAUAAAUUGGCUCUUGCUGGUGUUUUGACCUUCACAGUCAGUUCUGGAGAAGCAGAUGAAGCCCUAAUGAAAUCAGUUGCCUUUGUUGAAGAUUUGGCUUACCAUGAAACAAGCUUCUCAAAUUUGCCAGCUCUGGCUGGACAAAUAAUGCCAAAGUUGAUAACAGUGGUUGGCGAUACAGAUGUGACAGAAACAACAUUCCCUGAGGAAACUGCACAAGAUUCAGCUGACCUAGUACUCUUAAUUGAUGGAUCAGAGAACGUUGGAGCAGCAAACUUCCCCUUUGUGCGCGAUUUGGUUUUGAGAAUCAUUGAGCCCCUUGAUGUGGGCAGGGACACUGUUCGGGUGGCCUUGGCCCUGUACAACGGCAACCCACAGAUAAAGUUCUAUCUAAAUAGCUAUGACAGCAAAUCAUCAGUCCUGGAAGCGGUGAAGGGCCUUUCCUACUCAGGGGGUGAUGAAUCUAACCUGGGGUUCGCCUUGGAGGAAGUAACCAAAAGCCUUUUAAGCCAAACAGCUGGGGGCAGGGCCAACGAGGGUGUGCCCCAGAUGAUGGUGGUUAUCAGUGCUGGGCCGUCCACUGAUGAUACUGGUGCCGGUGACCGGGCCCUUAAGAGGGCCGGCGUUAUCACAGUCGGCGUGGCGAUUGGUGACACGGCCAGUGCAGAUCUGGAAGCAGUUGCUACAGAUAAAAGUUUUGUCCUGUCAGCCCCUGAUUUCAGAACAGUGGUGAGCACGGGUGACCGGCUGCUCCCAUUAAUUAACGGGGUGGUCCAGCGCACCAUUAUAGUUCAGACCGAGUUCACAGAAGUCUUGGCAGUUGGACCACGAGACAUCAUUUUCCUCAUCGACAGUACAAUGGGUGCAACGCUUAUCAACUCUGUGCGAGAAUUCAUCAAGCGGUUCGUCAACAUCAUUCCAAUUGGUCCAGAUGGAGUUCAAGUGGGUGUGGCCCAGUUCAGCAAUAUUCCUCAACUUCAGAUGGAUCUCAACUCCUAUGGGUCCAGGGAGGAAUUAACUGCUGCUUUGGGCUCUAUCAAACCAAGACCGGGACAGACAGUCAACAUUGGAGCAGCCUUGGACUUUGUGCGGACGAAUAUGCUGCGGCCUGAGAAAGGCAGUCGUAUUCAACAGGGGGUACCCCAGCUUUUACUGUUGAUGACCAGUAAAAAGUCAAGUGACAGUGUGGAAGCACCUGCUAAAGCCCUGCAGCGACUGGGCGUUAUUGACUCUAGCUGCAGGUUCCAAGACUGCGACGGCGAAUGA